AAAGACAAUACCUGAGCCAAGACUGAAGUAAACCAAACUGUCAACAAGACAUUUACACGCAGAGUGAAGUAGAGGCUCUCUCGCGGCGCUCACUCGCUGAACCAUGAGUAUCCUUGAGGAAGAGCUAAAGGAGCUGCGGCAGUGUGUUCCCCGGGUCAUAGUAGAUAGCACGGUGGAGGCUUGUGUUCCUGCUAUGGUCCGUGUGAAAAUUGAGAAAACAAAAUACAAGCAGAUCACAGCAUGCUUCCAGUUUGACCCACAGUACCCCAAGAGUCGGGCGCUCAUUGAACUCAAGAGUCGGUACAUCUCAGAAAAGCUCCUUGACGGCUUGACAAGAUUAAGUGAAGAAUUGGCUGAUAAAAAUCUUGGAAAACCGCAGGUAUUACAUGUCUUAAGAUUCGUGCGGAGCUUCAUUGACGAGAACCCACUGUGCUGCUGCUCUGAAGAAAUCUCCAACGUAAAGAAGAAGUUAAUUGAAGGAACAGAUGAACUCAAACUCCGUCAGAAGACGUCCUCUGUAGUGUUGAAGGUGAAGGAGGGCCAGUACUACUUGAAAUAUAACCUCACAGUGCCAGAGAACUACCCAGACCAACAGAUUAAGAUAGAGGAGAAAGAUUGUAAUUACCCACCAGUGUUCAAGCGAUGGUUCUUGGCGCAGUCUGUGGAGAUCGCCCGGCAGUGUGUGGAGCCGCCUAAAAAAAAGAAGCCCAAAGACCCACCCUUUGUGUUGCGGCCGUCCAUGGAGCCCGUGGUGUCCUUCCUGAUAGAUGAGGCUCACAGAUACGUCAACUCAGAGUGCAAGAUGUGCAGAAAGAAAGCCUUCCCCGAUGAUCCAAAGACUGUUGAAUUGGAUGAGUAUGGUGCGCUGCACUUGGAGCGGGUGUACUGCGGCCAUGUCUACCACCAUAAGUGCCUGGACACCUACAUCAAGACCCCGCCAUUCCAGAAGGGUAAGAUGUGUCACACCUGUGGCUCCAGGAUCUUUCACGAUAAGUGGAAGUUGACGGCAGAGACGGUGGAGGCUCGCUGGGCACACAAGCAGGCCAAGCAGAGAGAGCUGGAUGAAGUGGUGGAUUUCCUUAGCUAGUAUUUGCUUGACUGUUGUAAGUAGCCAUGGACAGUAGGUAGCUUGGUAGUUUUGUUACCAUGUGGCUAGUGAAGCAUUUGAGGCGUAUGUUUCUCAUGAGAAAAGUGAUACACCUCGUGUCUUCUAUUUUGUACAGCAAACAUGUGAUGUGGACUUAUUUCAAUAGAAAAUAGGAAUGUGCUUAGCGUAACAUUUUUAUUUGUCAUCACGUAAGUCAUGUGAGCAAGAUGUUUAAUGCAUCAGUCACUACCAUUCAGAUUGCCAGAUCUCUUGUGUAUUCUCCAUGGGCAGUGGUUUCUUUAGAGGAAAAAUUGAUCAAUGCACAAGAUACUUUGUAUUUUACAGCAUGACAAUCAGAAUUAAAAUUUCAUAGUGAAAUAUAGAGCAGGAAUACUAUUUUUAACUCUAAAGCUUUCAUAAUCAUUAUCAUCAAUUUGGAAAGAUAAUGCUCUCACUUUCAUGGAUCAGCCUUGGUUACCUGACAACAAACUGCUAAGGCCACACCAGUGUACAGAUUAUUUGUCUUGCAGUGUUGAGGUCAGGCCAGUGUUGAGUGUGUCAUCCCAUGUGGGCAGCAUACUUUCCUCUCCAUGUGUGCCUCAUCCUCUCAUUGCCAUCCAUUGUCUUCACAUAGCCUAGUCACUCAAGGCUGGCUGUCAUCCCCUCACAGAUACACACACAAUCCACAAUCCAAAUUGUCUUUCUUGGUCUCUCUCUCUCUGGAGAAAAAUCUUUCAAAGUAUUAACACAUUCACCACAUCAUGUUCAUUUCAGCUCAUUGAAGUCUCUUUGGCAUGAGCCUUUAACAGCCCAUGUUUCUAUACCAUUAAUUAUCAUAUUUCAAAUGUCAGUCAUACAGACUACCUUUCAUUUGUAGGGAAAGAGUCUGCAUUGUGAGGAGAAAUCAUGAUUCCCUCAACUUAACCCCCUGCUCUCGUCCAUUGUUGCAUAUCUAUAGUCUGCAUCAUCCCCGCCAUCAGUCCUGUCAUACAGAUAGAUUCAUUAACACCUGAUUCUUGUCCAGUAUUUUUACUCAUUCUAAGCAGAAUCCUAAUUUUCACAAUAAAAUUAAGACCUCAAUACAGACUUGAUGUUUCUAGUUUUCUGUAAAGGGAAACUAUCACAUUAUACAUUUAAAAUGAGAAGUUUGAUCACCAGAUAGGAAAAGUUAGGGUUCAGUUGCCCUAUGUAUUAACAUGAAGAUUUGUAAUUAUUAGAAUCCUAUGAACAUUUAAAGACAAGUCUUGUUAGGUAACUGAAGAAUAUAUAUUGGUAAGCAUUGCAGAGUUCUGUGAAUAUGUUUGAAGUCAGUCAGUGAUUAAAGCACCACUUCAAGUCACUGAGUGACUGAAUGUAAUGGAAGUAUGCUGUUGGUGUCUUCCUGGUAGUACAGUACAUUUGGUGUUGGUACAGCUAAUGAUGAUGUCUUUUAAUUUUCAGGAACCAUGAUUUUGAUAUUCAUCAGUUCCUGAUUUAACUUUUUAAAAUGUACUAAAUUGGGUGUGUGAAAAAAUGUGUAAUUAAACAUGCAUUAUCAACUCCUCUAAAAAAAGUGGACAUUAAUACACCUAACUCUCCGUUAUCGGGCGAAAUUGGUGCCUUAAAAACUGCGUGGUAGUGGAAAAUGUGAUAACGGAAGUGAAGAAUAAAUAGGAAAUAAAUAAAUUGGUGCCUCAACCCAAAGAUUUUCCUAAAAAAUUUUCCUGUUACCCUAAAUUUAUUACCAUUAAUAUUGGAGUAGCUUAUUAACAUUUGACAAUCUGAAAUGAAUGAAAACCAGCUCUGAACAGCAGAAUACCAUGUGUGAGACUGAAGGGUGGUGGUGGUGGUGAUGGUGGUGGUAAUGGUGGUGGUGAGCAGAGUGACUGGAACCAAUCAGUUCCCUUAUUCAAAUCACGUGACAUGAAUACACAGCGAUGAUUGGCUGCUGGCUCCUCCUCCUCCUCAUGAUCAUCACCUUUCUCCCCCUCCACCUCUUCCUCCUCCCCCAUCUAGACAUUCGUCUUUGUGUAGUUUGGAUAUAGGUACUACUACUACCACUACUACGGGUGCGUGAUAACGAUUUUCCAGAUGUGCUAAAACUGAAUUUUGCAGAUUUUCAUAAGUGUGCGAUAAUGCCUAAACGCGAUAACGGAGGGUUAGGUGUAUUUGAUCAAACUCAGAGAAAACUGAAAAUAUUAUAGGAUUGAGUGAUUAUUGUUAGCACAUAAUAUUUACAUACCAGAUGUAUACUAACUUUACUUUGUCAUUAUUUAUUUCAAACCAUAGUUUCUCAUCCUCACAUGUACAAGUGUUAUUAUGUGUGCAGAUCACACUGAAUGUUAUGAAGGAAAGCGUACAGCUCCUUAAAACUCAACUGUUGCACAUCCCUAAGGUAAGAUAUUGCCUCCUCAUAGUUGAAUGAGCAUGUAUAACACAAGUGAAGCCUCAGGUGUAUCCUGGAAGCAAAACAGCACCACACCUGUAAAGCACUUGAAAAUGGCAUGGCAAGGUAGACAAGCUUAAACAAGCUACUAGCUUAGAAUAUCUCUUAGAGGUAAUUUUCUGACCCCAAACUGGUUAUGGGAGGCAGAGGAUGCAGCAAUGACUCCCAGAGCAACAUCUCACCACCAGUUUGUCACUUCUGUGAUCUGAAGAACUCCUUACUGCAAGUUUAAUCAGUGCAUAUCACUGUUUCAAAUUGGGUUUCAGACAGGCACGCAAACCACUGAGUAUGUGUAAGAAGACUAUAGAUGUGUUUCCUCAUGUCAGUAAAGUAGCAGUAUGUUGGAUGAUCACAGGACAAUUUUAUUAAAAUUAAUCCAUUGAUAAACAUGUACAACAAUCACAGAUUCCAAGAUGUUGAACAAGUGGUCCUUUACAGUUAUGCUGAUUUGAAAGAAUAUCUUUGAAAGAUGUGAAUACAUGAAUUGUCACUUUUAUUUGAUAUAUACAUUCAUGUCUGCUGAGGGCUGUGCUAACAUUUAUUAUGUGAUGGAUUUUAAUAGUAUGAUGGAUUGUUUUAGGAAACACUAUAUACAUGAACCUGCUUCUUCAAGCAUUUCUUAAAAGGGACCACUUCACUGAUUUGUGUAUUUUAUUAAGUGUAAUGUUUAUUACAAUUGUUUAAUGAGAUGCUUGCAAAACUUCAUUGUGCUUGCUCAUCACAGGCAAGCAGACUUGUACAGUGUUGAUCAAAGAUUA